GCGUCGACGCACGAUCUGCGUGAUGACGUAAGGGCCGGCCGGCGGGACCUGGCGGAGGCUGAGGUGAAGCCCGCUCCUGGUCUGAGGAGGAUCCGCGACAAAAUGAAGAUCUGGACCUCGGAGCAUGUCUUCAACCACCCUUGGGAAACGGUUUUCAAAGCUGCCAUGCAGAAGUAUCCCAAUCCCAUGAAUCCGUGUGUUGUAGGAGUAGAUGUAUUAGAUCGACGUGUUGAUGACCAAGGCAAGUUACAUAGUCAAAGGCUUCUCAGUACGGAAUGGGGUCUACCAUCUGUUGUUAAAUCACUCAUUGGUGCAUCGAGGACACGGACGUACGUGCAUGAACACUCUGUUGUGGACCCUGUGAAACGGACCAUGGAGCUAAGAUCUGCAAAUAUAACAUUAACAAAUCUAGUAUCGGUGGAUGAACGAUUGGAGUAUAAACCCCAUCCACAGGACCCAGAAAAAACAAUCCUUACCCAAGAAGCUAUUAUCAGUGUGAAGGGGGUCAGUCUCAGCAGCUAUAUGGAAGGUAUAAUGGCAAACAGCAUCUCUGCUAAUGCAAAUAAAGGCCGUGAAGCAAUGGAGUGGGUAAUCCGCAGGUUAAAUGCAGAAAUUGAAGAGUUGGCAGCAUCUGCAAGAGGAAGUAUUAAAAUGCCAAUGGCUGCAACAUCAGUGGAGUAAUGAAGAGCUGUUAAGAAAUGUGUUGCUGGCCUCUGAGCUACUUAGCGAAUUGCUUCCCACUGUGCGUUUCAUUUUCCAUGUUCACAGGGCUUCAUGUUGAAGACGUAUAUAGCAACAUGAAUCUGCUUAAUAUUUGCUCUAUUUCAGUAGCACGCUGUAUACAGCUGUCUGCUGACUGUAGUUGUGCCCCUGCCAUACAGUGCAGAGGCUUUCCUGAAGGGUUUAUUUUUUGUUUUGAUGAGUUUCUUGGAAUAGAUGCACAGAGGGAAGUGAUGUUGUCAGUAUUUAUUACGAGGUAUAUUGUCUUAUCAGAAUUGAGAGGUGGCAAAGUUGGCAGCGGAGGAGCUUGUGAUCUCCAAUUUGGUGGCCCAUAUACUUGCAGAGGUUAAAAAUGAAAAAGUGUUUGAAACAGUUACUUGAAUUGAUCAGAAAGCAGAACUUUCUCUGGUGAAUCACUUUGACAAAGAUCCUGUCUGUUGUCUGGAUGCUUAACUGGCCUGAGAACUUGAAAAAAUUGUAUGCUUUAACCUCCUGUAACAAACAGCCCAACUGUUGGUUCCAAACAGCAAGUAUUACAGCAUGAGUAUUUUUAAAUUUCAGUACUAAAAUUAAGAAGUUAAACUUUUAGAACUUGUAUUUAGUUCUCAGUCAUGCAAAGCAAUAUUCUUAAAUAAAUGGGCGUUUAUCACAUAAAAUUGUACAGAAUUUAUGGAGUUAGUAUGUUUAUAUUUGAAGUCUUCAGGUUAAGAGAAGUCUGUAGCAGAAAACUAACAUUAUGGCUAUCAUCUCGAAAAAAAAUUGCAGUUGUACAUUUUAAAUGAAUAUUCCUGUGAAUUUCUGAAAACUAGAUUUUGGUAAUCUGUUUGUUCUGUUAACAUUUACAAUUUAACCUAGGAUGAAUUAUCCAACAAAUUUGCCAAGCAUUUUCUAUGUUGUGUCAAUAUUCCUAAAGCACUGAAACAUAACUGAAAGUUUUAUGUACCCUAUAGAACUUGGUUGUAGUGCUUUUUAAAAGAGAAGACAUAUGAUUGUUCUGCCUUAAUUAUUUUUCAUCAUUACAGGAAUGUCCUCUGAUCCAACAGUGAAAUAGUACAAGAAAAUGCCCUUACCUCAAUCAUAUUAGUUUCUGAAAUUAUCAACGUCACACUGACACCUUGUGAUCACCCUUGCAUAUCAUGGCUACCUAAAUAACUAGACUUAGGCCUCUGCCUUCUGACCCUAAGAACCAGUAUUGGCUUUGGCUGUUGAUCUUAUACCUAGGAUGCUCCUGUAGCCAUUUUUGGACCGUAGGGAAACAAUACUUUUGUAGCUGCACACUAAUAUCUCACAAACAUUAUCAAACGAGAAUUCUUGUGCUAGGCUUUCUAAAGUGAAGAUUCUUCCUUCUUGUAAGAGACUCUCAACAUAUUCUGUAGCAGGGCUGCACUCUGUGGUCUCUUUUACUGGAAGAUGCUUUUAAGAUUUUUGAAGCACUUGAAAGUGUACAGAAUUUGAAUUUCAUUGUGUUUUUGCAGGAUUCUCUGUUACAAAACAGUUUCCUGUUCUGAAUGUAAAGUGAUUACUGUAACCUGCAGAGUUGUUGAUUAAAGUGUCAGUUUGGCAGCAAUCCUGCCUCAGGAUCAGAAGGCAGCUGGCACAAGCCACACUAAAAUAUUGAACACAGCACCACAGCAACACAGUACUCAGUAAUGCUACUCUUCACAUGAGACUUUAUUAAGUUACAUGAACGUGAAAGACCCUGAGUCAGUAUUUGACAAAGGGAGAUUUUCCACUAUCUUGGCUAACAUUCCUCCUUCAGUGCCAUCAGAGAUGUAUUAAUUCAUCACCUGUGGGACCUUGCUGUAUUUGGAACUACUGUAUGUUUCCCUAUAUAAGUCACUCAGUGGUAUUUCAUUAAAGAUGAGGAGCUUUAAGAAGUGAGUGUUUUAUGAAUACCAUGCUUUCAUUAAUUUAAUAGAGCUUUAUCUGAACUUUCAGGACAUUUGGAAUUGAGAAUUCUAUCUGGGUUGGCGUGCCUGAGAGCUGCAUAUCUCUGAGCUCUCUUCCUGUACCUCUUUCUUUUUCUUUUUCUUCUUUUUCUUGGGAGAGUUGAGAGCUUUUGUCUUCUGAAGUGACGCUGUUGAGGUCUUCUCUGUACAGUCACUGAUGUUACACAGUACCAACUACAUGCAGCAGGAUUUUGGCUUGCUCUCAGGAAUGGUCAUGUGCUCUGUCUCUAUUACACUUAGAGAGAGGGCAAAUGCAGAGCUUGUGCCUCCUGUGUGAAAGUUUACUUCAGUGCAGAGAAUGGCAGGUACCAGUUAACAGUGCCUUCUUUCACCUGCGCCUUCUGACCCAGGACCGAUAAAUCUAAUACAGAGACUUUUGGGCAGCACUGUAGUUCAGGAUUCUUCUGGUCUUUACUAUUCCACACUGAAUGGCAUCGCACACAGCAUUUGUUGUAAUAAGAAAAUUCCUCUUUUAUUCCAAAUUUUACGUUUUAGUUUAAGCAAUUUUCUUAUCAAUACUUAUUAUAAUUUUCUCUCGGUUCUCUUUGGAAUUUUGCUACUGCCUGGGCAUACAGAUAAUUUGUGCCAAAACUCAUUUAUUAGUUGUGAAUAGAAAUGACAUUUUAAUAAAUUAGGUUUUCCAAUUAAUAAUUUGGAAAAUGUCACUGCAUAUAAUGAGUCUGCUGCUCAGCUUGGGUUUGUAUAACUGUACAACAAGGAGUUGCGCUUCAAGUAGAUAAAUACAUAGAGGAAGGUAUGCUUAAUAUUUCAGGUUGUUUAACUUUUUAUCAGAACAAUUUCUGACGAAGGUCAUCAAACUGAUGUAUUGAUGCUGCCUUCAUCUUGCCACCUACGCUGAGUGUUUGGCGCAUAUUUUAUAUUGUACUUCAAAUUUUCAGCUUCUAUGGCGUUCUGUUGUAUAGUAGGUAGCUCCAGUUGAAGAGUUCACACCGGUACAGUUUUGUUUUGUGCUGUAGUUUGUUUGAUUCUCUGGGAAUACUAAGGUUCGUGCCAUUUCUGGAGGAGUAGGUGAUAUGGACAGUUCAUCUCCAUAAACUAUAUGGGGUUUAGUCUGCUUUACUGCUUAAUAUGUACAAGCACAAAAGCUUGUUCUUUCAAAAGUGGGGUUCAAAAGGAAGCAGAUUUAAUUAGGCAGCGUAAUAUAUACUGUUAAGGGUUUAAAGGGACAAUUUUACAUUGAAUUCUGUUAUAUGUGACUUGGGCUCAGAGGACUGUUCUAUGUUCCACCCUUAGACCUACUUUAUUUGAUGGUUUUGCCAUAGUACAAUGGACAAUCCUCCCUGGACCAACCUGGAUCUACUUUUAUUUCCUUCUUGACAUAAAAUGUCCCAAGAUAUGAAAAGUUUUACAGCUACAAAAAGACGAACUUUUUUAGAUGCUGCUAGUAACAUUUAUUAUUUAAUGUUUUGCUGGAUGAAGAUUUUGUUGAAGUUAAUGUGACCAACAAGAAGAAUGAAGCAUUGGAUUAGGCUAAUACAAUUAAAAGACAACAGUAUUAGUUUUUUCAUUAUGAUUUUCCUGUGUGAGAUCUCUGCUAUUUUUCAGUUCCAUGACAUUUUGUAUGGAAUAGUAUUUAUUUAAUGGCACUGAAUUGUACUUCAAACGCCAGCCAAGUUGUUAACAUUUUUUAA